UUUCAUAAAUAUAUUGAUAGCUUAUCUUUAGGGUUUUCAGCAAAAAGAGGUUCUUUGGCCGCUGAGUAAUUGUUACAGAAAACCAAAACAAAUUUCAAUCAAAUGGAGAAACGGAAUACAUCCGCUAUGCAGGUGCUCUAUGCAGAGCUGUCAGCCGCGAAAGCCCGAAGCGCCCAGCUGGAGGAGGAAAACAUUCUGCUGCGCCAUCGCCUCAAUCGAGCCUCUUCCGACCACAGCACAAAUGCGGCCAUAAAUGUGGAGGCCAAAAUCCUGGCCUUCCAAUUGGAAGAGGAACGCGAUCGCCUGGUGGAAACAGUCCAGAAGCACAAGAAGAAAUACAACAAGUUGCACGACGCCUACUUGGAGAAGGUGAAGCGUUGUCGGGCUCUGGAGGAGAUGUUCAAGCGCCAGAAGACGCUCACGGGGCUGGUGAUGAAAUCUGCCUUGGAUCAGCGAAAUGAAGAACAACGUUUGAUGAUUGAGAAGCGACAGUCGGCGCAAAGUGAAUUGAAUGAGGUGGAACAGCUGAAGGCCAAGGUGGAGAAGCUGCAAAGAGCUCUAGAUGAAUCCUAUGAUAUAAUAGACGAAAUGGAUUUCGAAUUGGAGAGCGUGGAUCUGCUGGAGAUGCAAAAUCAGAGCCUCCGUGAAGAGUUGGCUGCCUUGAAGUUGGAAACCGAAGCCUCUGGAGUUUCUUCGGAAAUCGUAGAGGAUGCCCCCCCGAAAUACGAGGAACACGACUCUACUGAGUAUCGAAAGCGACUGAGCUCUUCGAGCAGUGAGUCCAUUCCAAAAGAAGAUGAUUCCGAUGCCCAGACCAUCGAGAGAUUGGCUCUAACUAAUAGUCUCAUUGAAACUGUGGAAACUGAAAGCAACGCCCUCAGAAGAGAACUACUGAGAUCCCGCUGCCAAAGAACCAUACGCGCCAAGCUGGAAGCGGAAGAUCAGGAUCAGGACUAGUUUAGUAAAGAUAAUGCCUCUAUAGUAUAAGCUGAUGAAACCUUUCGUUAAACUUACGCACUGCGGGGACCGCCAAACCCACAACCGUCGAAUCAUAGAACUGCUUAGUGCGUCUGGCUAGUUGGUCGCUGGAACUAACCUAGUUUCGGAGCCAGCUACGCCUAACAAGUGCACAUACCAGAGAUUGCUUUUAAGGUUCGACAAACACGCUCUGCGAUUGCAUUUGCGAUAGACUAACCUGAAUUUGAAUAAUUUUUGGUGCAGAAGGAAACACGUAAUUAAUUAUAAUAUUUUGUUAAUGGCAUCAGGAUUUGGCCUCUGCUGAUCUAUGAAGGUUUCAACCCCUCCGCCUCCUCUACCAGCCUGGUAUUAAUUUUCCAAUCGACACUCCACCGAUCCAUUAAAAAUGACAAUUAUUUUUAUGA